AUGCCCAACUACACGUCCAAGACUACUGGAGAUGAGGUGGCGCGGGACUGCAAGUCUCAAAUUGCCAACAAGACCAUCUUGGUCACGGGGGCCACCCCCGGCGGCCUGGGCGCGACAUUCGCAACUACGAUUGCACCUUACGGCCCGGCGGUGAUCAUUCUUGCCUCCCACAGCGUGGUCAAGGCCGGCGAUACGGCAAAGGCCAUCGAGGCUGUUGCACCAGAUGUGAAGACUGUUGUUAUUGAGCUGGAUCUUGCCUCGAUUUCUCAGGUCCGCAAAGCCGCCGAGAAUAUUCUAGGCUGUGUGGACACGAUCGAUGUCAUCGUCAACAACGCCGGAAUUAUGGCAGCGCCAUAUAGCAAAACCGUGGACGGUAUCGAAUCGCAGUUUGGGACAAACCAUGUCGGUGUCAUUAUAGAGACGAGCCUCUCCCGUCACGUUGCCAUGGAAGACUUCGCCGAGCUUGGCGUCUUGGAUCGAAAAUUGGGAAACCGCGAGUUUUGGGACCAACCGUUUAUGCUAAAGUCUCCUGCGGAGGGCGUCGCAACACACGUUUUUGCAGCUUUCCACCCGGCCCUCGAGGAACCGGAGCAUAACGGUGCUUAUCUGGAAGACUCGCAAGUCGUUGAUGUCAAACAGAUCCAAAGUUGGGCUAGAGAUACCGUGGAGGCUCAAAUGUUGUGGCGUCUCAGUGAGGAGAUGGUGUCAGAGACAUUCUCCUACUGA